AUGGAGGGCGGGGCGCGGCGCCAGCCCGGUAAGCCCUACGCCUGGGUGGCGCUGGUCAUGGGCCUGGACCUGUCAUACGUGGGUGCGGCCCUUGUGCUGGCGUCCUCUCUCAAGCGGCGCAGCAGCGCUGCUGAGGUGGUGGUGAUGGUUACUCCGGACGUGCCCCAAUCGGCACGGGGGGUGCUGGGUCGCGUGGCGGACGCCGUGGUGGAGGUGCCCUACCUGGAGACGCUGGCGCUGCAGAAGUACUCCGAGCGGUUCGACAAGAUGUAUAACUACUGGCUGGACAAGUGCUUCACCAAGUUCGCGAUGUUCGGGCUGACGGAGUACAAGAAGGUGGCGUUCCUGGACGCGGACAUGCUGGCCGUGGAGGACCCCGACGCGCUGUUCGACUGCCCGGCGCCCGCCGGCAUCUGCUCGUCGGUGAGGGAGGUCCGAGAGAACGAGCGGAUGCACGGGCAGAAGCUCCCGAGGACGAUCGUGGAGGAGAGCCUGAAGAACGGGCAGGGACGGUACGGCGUGCGCGGCUGCCUGCUCGUCAUGGAGCCCUGCGAGGCGACGCUGGCGCGGAUCCGGGCAAAGGUGGAGGCGCGGGAGCAUUACGGCUCGGUGGAGUCCAUGGUAGGUCCGGACGAGCUGCUCAUCACGCGGUACUUCAUCAACGAGUGGAGCCACAUACACGCCAAGUACGGCUGGGUGUCCUGGGCGGACCGGGAGGAGCUGGGCGUGGCGCCGGUGUUCCUGCACUACGUCAGCCAGAAGCCGUGGGACGAGGGGGAGGACUGGGACGACUUCGAGUACUGGAAGCGCGAGGCGCGGGAGGUGGUCAAGGAGGUGCCCGGCAGCUUGGGCUAUUUCGGUCGCCUCAUGGAUGAGAUAGGGUCCCAAGCGGGUGUGGAGGUCACUGACGAGAUGCGCAAGCAGGCUAGGGAGAUCAAGGAAAGUGCCAAUUUGGCAAAGGCCAAGGCCAAGGCUAUGCGAGAAAAUCGUGCCUCCCGGUUGAAUAUUGACCUUACCUCCAACACUCCAAGAGUCACACCCAGAAGUGCUAGGAUCACCACAGGGCGGCAGGUGCCACCGCUGAGUCCGUCGUCGCGCUUGAGCCCUGGACCAGGGGGCUUGAGUUCAAUGCAGAAAGCCAACGGCCAGAGCGCAGGACGGUGGCGUAAUCAAAGUCCCACAGCUGUCACCCGGUCUGCGGCAGUUCCAGAAGUAGCCCAGAAGUCAGAUGUGUCUGAAACGGAAGUUAAGCCUGCGCCGCCCUUGCAGAGUAAGUCUGGUGGCAAGGUGACCAAGGCAUCUGCCAACAUCCUGGUGGUGGAUGGGUUCAAGCGGCCAUAUCCAUCAAAGCCACGGCCUGACAAGGCUCCUGGCACUCCUGGGGCUCCUGCCACUUCCAAAGAAUCGUCAGCUACGGCCUCAGCUGCCAGACCCAGCACUGUGCCAAAGUUGAACUUGGCCAUCGUCAAGACAGAUCCAAAGGCGCCCCCAGCAAAGAAGAGUGCAGAGGGCUCUGACCAUGGGGGCGAUGGAGAUCCUGGGACGUGGCAGGGGAUGCACUGGCACAAGAAACGAGGAAACGAGCUGCCCAAUAGUGUGAGGAGUGCUGCUGACGAAAUGGACAGUUGGAGGCAUGGUGGACCAGCCCAGGUCCAGGCAGCAGGUCCUCUGAGCGCCCGACCGUGGAUGGGAGGUCAGGAGACAAGACUUGCGGUAACGCCACCGGCAACAGCCCGACCAUACAUCGGUGUGCAGGAGUCCGGAGACCCUGCAAGCCCCCACGGCAGUGCUGGCCCCUGGGUUGCUGGGCAAGAAACCCGCCCCCCAACAACACCACCUGGCAGCGCUCGGGUGGUUCAGCGGUCAGCGCGCUAUGAGCGAUGGGAUGCCCCCAGGAGUUCGCGUGCUGAUAUGGCCUCCAACUGGCGAUCAACGCCCAGAGGGAGCAGCGGAGAGCAAGGCCAAGAUCGAAGCGAGUCUCCUGCUCGAGGUUGGGGUGGCCGUACCCUUGGAUCAGGCGACCCAGGUGCACCACCAUACUCCAGCAGGCCUGCCUCAACGACUCAAGCUCCGAGUGGAGAGACGCCGGUGCUGCAGCAGGGAGCAAGGGCCCUCAACAGAAAGUUCAUGAGUGCCGGAAACCUGGACGUGCCACCUGGAAUGCUGGGCAUGGACAGGAGCACUUUUCAUUCUUCCUCUCUGGAAGCAGUUCGAUCUGCUGGUUUGUCUAUGGACGCGGCAGCUGUGCGGGGCAGCCUGCAGAAUGGCGCUUCGGAGAACAUCAUUGCGCUUCUUGGCAAGCAGGGCACAGAUGGUUGGGCAAACAGAAUGCUGUCGUUGGAGCAGCAACAGCGGCAGCAGCAGCAGCAGCAGCAGCAGCAGAGGCGGGGUAUGGUUGGAGGUGGGGUGGCCCCCGUUGGGGGAGAUGUCCUGGGAAUGGGGAAUGGCCUUGGUCUUGGUUCAAUGCCGCUGUCUGCCAGCCAGCCGAUGUAUGGGCACUCGUUAGUGCACCCGAAUUAUUCUGGUGCGCAUGGAUACGGCAUGCUGGGCGACUCAGCGCUUCGUUUGGAGUCCGUCCUGGCGAGUGGGGCCCAUAGGAACGGCAUGGAAGAUGCCAUGUUUGGUCAGGAUGGUGGGCAGCAGUGGUGGUGUGGACCUCAGCAACGCACGCAAGGAGAAGGAAAACUUGGUGGUCGGGGAUUUGGUGGCUUGGAGCACGACGCCCUGCUGCAAGUCGCUCAGUUGAAUUUGAGCGGAGGGGAUGCGGGUCGGGGUGGAGGCAGGGGGGCCAGACCUGGCACGUGGGGCCAGGGUCCUGAGGUGGCUAGAUCGGGUGCUGGGGGCACCUAUUACUGGUCAUGA